AUUUGUUAAAAGGACUUUAAAAUCUUAGUCCUAAUAGUUUUUUGACAUUAUAUGAAUUUAUACAACUGUAUAUAACACAUGCCACACAGUGAAAAAUAUACAAACAAAGGUCAUGAGUUUUUGUACUGUCCUAGUGUUGAAUAUUUCUGGUAUCUAUUAUUUUGUUUUCCCUCCUCCUUUCUCCGCCAUGAUGUUUUCUAAGUGAGCAGCGGGGAUAAGAGCUAACCAGCUAGUUUAGCCGUCAGGCUGCGGACUGUUUUGGAAGGGAGGUGCAAUGGAUGGAUGCUUUACCCCGCUACGUUUUGCCUGAAAUUGGUCGUACUUAAUGCAAAAUGCGCCCUCACCGACAAAUAUUAUCACUCGAUAUAUUCCGCGAGAUUGCGGAAAGCUGCUAAUUCGCAGCGUGACGUUUAUUAAUAUUCCCGGAGCAUCGGUUUUCGUCCUAAUUUAAAGAUUAUCGUUAGCUGAAGCUGUUUAAGUGGCUACAAUCAGCGCUAGCUCCUCCUUGCUGUCUACCAUCGCAUUCUUGUGUCUCCUGCCUCAGGAAUGUUCUCAAAAAAGCCUCAUGGGGACGUUAAAAAAUCAACACAGAAAGUGUUGGAUCCAAAGAAGGACGUGUUAACGAGACUGAAACAUCUGAGAAUAGUCAUAGAAAAUGCAGAGCCCUCUGAGCUGAAGCAUUUUUUUGAUCUGAACUACUCCCAUAUCUACUAUGUAUUCUUUGAGAACUUUGUCACCAUCGAGGUCAGCCUCAAGCAAAAAGGUCACAAGUCUCAGAGGGAGGAGCUGGACUCUAUCCUCUUCAUCUUUGAGAAAAUCCUCCAACUCCUGCCAGAGAGAAUCCAGAGCCGAUGGCAGUUCCACAGCAUUGGGCUCAUCCUCAAGAAGCUGUUACACACUGGAAACUCUCUGAAGAUCCGCCGUGAAGGUGUGCGUCUGUUCUUGCUGUGGAUGCAGGCAUUACAGAGUAAUGCAGAGCGGGAGCAGCUCUGUAUGUUCGCCUGUCUAAUACCUGGGUUCCCUGCUCCACUCUGCCAUGGGACCCCACGCACCCUGGACACUCUAAUCAACCCACCAUUGAGCUUAACAGAGACUCAAGUGACCCCAGAAGAGAUCACCCCAUUGGUUCCUCCACAGUCAGGUGACAAGAACCAGGAAGACCUCACUGCUUACUUUUUAGAAGCAUUGCUCAAAUACAUGGUAAACCAGGCCAAGUCUCUUGAGUGGCGUUGUAAAGAGAACCAUGAACGUGGCUUCAGCUUCCUCUUUGGUCACUUCAGGAAGUUUUACCUUCCUCACAUUUUCCCCAACUUCGCCAUGGAAACCAGUCUGUAUAGCCCAAUACUGGAGGUGCCUCCAAUGCGUCCGAAGCCCUAUUACAGUGUGGUGCGCAGAGAGCAGGACAGUGGUGAAGCGGUCUACUGCACCAAGGAGAGCUUCCUUCAGGCCCGGGUCAUCUUCAUCCGCUGGUUGGUUUCUUUCUGGCUGGAACCACGACCCAAUACUCACACACACAUCCCCGGAACCGAAGGAGAGAAUGUCCCCAAAAAUAUACAGCGAGCAGCAGCCGGUCUAGCUGCUCGCUCUGCUGGCAGCUCAGACGACAGUGGUGGAGGUGGGAUCCGGUCCGACAACCACCUGGAAGGCAGCAGCAGUUCAUCAGGGCUUGGCGUAGGCAGUGGGGGUCUCUGUGGACCUCCAGGGAUUGGGGGUGAGCCUGAACAGAGCCACUCGAACACAUCUACGCUGACAGAGAGGGAGCCUAGUUCAUCCUCACUUUGCUCUAUGGAUGAGGAGCAGCUGACAGACAUGGAGGUGGUGAGGAGAGUGCUGACCUGCUCCAGAACCAACGUCAAUUUCAUUACAGAGAUCUUCAGACAGGCCUUUCUCCUCCCAAUGUGUGAAGCAGCAGCAAUGCGCAAAGUGGUCCGUGUUUACCAGGAGUGGAUCUCUAUGGAGGACAAGCCAGUGUUUAUGAAGGAGCCAGAGGAGGGCCCCUAUCCUAUCGCCACAGCCAACAGUCUGGAUACAGGCUCUCAGCUGGGAGACAAAGAGGACGAGGGAAUGAAUAAGGUGGUAGACGGUGAAUUGCUGGAGUACAGUGUUCAUGCUGGUGUUCAGACUACACUACAGGUAUUUAUUACCCACUCUUCCAAUGUUUUCCUCCUGGAGCCAGCCAACGACAUCAAAAUCCUUUUAGAGGAGCAUGUUGACAUGUGCAAGAGGGUUCUGAACAUUUACCGCAGCCUUGUUAUGCAUGAGACCAUGGACCAGAAAACAUGGGAGCAGAUCUUACUGGUUUUGCUCAGGGUGACAGAAUCGGUGAUGAAAAGACCACCAUCUAUCAUGCCCCCGGGCAAGAAAAACAACACACUGUCAGGCAGAUUGGCUGGACCGAUCUUUCAGACACUGAUAGUUGCAUGGAUUAAGGGGAACUUAAACGUGUACAUCAGCAGGGAGCUGUGGGACGACCUCCUCUCUGUCCUCUCCUCUCUGACCUGCUGGGAGGAGCUGGUCACAGAGUGGUCACUCACAAUGGAGACCCUCACCAAGGUGUUGGCCAGGAAUCUGUACAGUGUUGAUCUGAAUGAGCUUCCACUGGACAAACUCAGUGAACAAAAGCAGAAGAAACAUAAAGGAAAAGGUAUUAGCUCAGAGGGCCAGCGGCAGGUUGUUGACCGGUCCUUCUCUAAAGGCUGGAGCAGAGACCAACCAGGACAAGCUGCAGCCAUGAGGCAGCGAAGCGCCACCACUGCUGGCUCCCCAGGCAUCGAAAAGGCCCGUAGUAUUGUUCGCCAGAAGACUGUAGCCCUGCGUAGCUGUUCUACGGGGGACUCUCUGCUGUCCUCAGCCUUUAUCCGCAGUGCUAAGAGUGCUCCUGCUCUGGCUCCGCCUAUUCCUGUCCUCCUCCACCACCACCACCCUUUACUACCCCCCCUUGCUGACCAGCUGGCAGACCUCGAGGACCCACCAAUCACACUGACAUCCCGCACAUCUCGGAUGCGCCACUCAUCUCAAAGUGACGAGGCCCCUCCUACAUCCUGUUCUGAGGUGUUCCAGGGAGGGGCUUGUGACCUGGAUACUCCACCUCCUUCCUCUCUGGCACGGAGCAGCAGUGCUUCUGACAUCAUGGAGCCCUUCAUUGCAGAGCGGGUCAAAGGUGAAGACCCUCAAAGGGAUCCCAGUUCGAUCCUGAAUCCUCCCCACCAGCACUCCACAACUACUUCCUUACUUUCAGCCAGUAGCCACGCGACUCCACCACUUCCACACUCCCCAUCCUCUCCUUCUUCCACCCCUUUUACCUUUUCCAAUGGUGUCGUUUCAUCAACGUCAGAGAGACAAGAUGAAGGCAAUAUUUAUAAUCAGCUCUGGCAUCAGAUUGGCUCUCAAAGCCAAGGUUCUAGUUCUGAUUGGGUUAGUGACUGGGAUUCAGCCUUCAACAUUCCCUCUGAAAAAGAAGUUGACACAGAGGACAGUGAAACGGGGGCUGGGGUAGAAGAGGAUGAUUUAUUCUCUUCUAUUAGGGACUACCUCACCAACAAAGGAAGUGAAAAGAAAGAGGAAACAGAGGAGAGAAGUCAUUCAGUAGAAAACAGUGUAACUGUACCUGUACAAACCGGAGUAGCUAGAACACAAAUGGAAUAUGCAGGGCAAAUAGGAGAGGCAAGACAGGUGGCACAAGGCAAUAGACAGACAUGUCAAGGGGAAAGACAGGUAAGUAAAACAGUGAGACAUAGCAGUGUGGAUUCAACAGAGGAGACUGAGGCCGAUCAACGGAGCAUCUACGAGUGCUUGGAGUUGCAGUGUCAGUGGCCAUCUCCUGGUGUUAGAGGGAGCUUAGAAAGACACACAGGAGAAAAGGAGAAAAAGGGAGGUGAGAAUGUAGGAAGAGCAGCAGGAUGGGAAGGAAAAGGUGACAUGUGGCGGGAAACGGGAGAGGACUGGAAAGGAGAAGGGAAACAGAAUGAAAAAGGAGCAAACGAGAGAUUUGGUGUCAUCAGGCAAGACACUAAUAGUGCUGAAUCUAGCACUGAGCUAAAUCCCCAACCUUUAGACCCAAAUAAGGUCAAAAUGCCACGUAGUUCCACAAAGAGACACCAUUCUGGGGGUGUCCAUGUCAGCUUCCGGCCCUCAACUGAGUCUGUCCAGUUCCACAACCCACUGGAGAGUAAAGAAGCCCACUGGAAAGCAAGGCUGCGACGCCUCAGUCACUUCCAUACUCAUAGCCAUUCAGCAGGGGAGAGGCCUGCAGCUGGGUCUGGGGGUGGGUCAGGGGGGAAGCUGGGGGCAGGGAGUGCAGGUAAGUUUGGCUCUGUGGCUGGUAUUAGCUAUAAAGUAGGGGCACAUGAAAGGUCUGUCUCUGGAACUGUGAUGGAUAUCAGUGGGGCUGGGGGCACAGCAGGCACUGGAGGUGUGGAAUGCAGGGCUGGACUUGGAGGGGAUAAAGACAGACAGCAGCAGCAUCCUGUGGGAUCCAAACUGAGCUCUGAGGGCCAUUCAGAGUUGUCCAGCAGCUCAGGCUCCUCAGGUGUGUCGUCAGGGGUGCGUGGCCGGUUGGGACGUUCCGCCUUGCGAUCUCGAGCUUCCCGCUCCCGCUCCCAGGAGCCAGGCAGCACUGCCUCACGACACCACCAGGGUGCUCUUCUUGGUGGCGUCUAUAAGAGUGUUGUUCAUGCUCUAUCCUCCAAGCCCCGGCCCCGAGGUCAAGGGUCAUCCCAAGGCUCGUCGCCACAGCGACAGGGCAGGGCCUCCAUGGGUGACGCCUCGCUAAGAGAUCUCUACUCCCAUGUCCUGGGCUACUUUGGACGAAAGACGACCACACCAGCCAACAAAGAAGAGGUGGUCCAGAAAGCACGUCCAGUCUCCAGUGAUGUUGGAAGCAGUAAUCCAAACUUCUCUGACCUCAUGGAUGAGUUUAUCCAGGAAAGACUGAGAGCCAAAGGAACAGCGGGUCGUCGUGGCAGCAGCCCAGGCAGUUUGGAGGUUCCUAGGGAUUUGCCAGAGCUCCUGGAAGGUGCUCAGAGUCCCGGAUCUCGACCAUCAGAUGAUCUCCGGCCUAUUGAUGACCCGGGGGUUCCUUCUGAGUGGACGUCACCAGCAAGUGCCAGCGGUUCUGAUGUCAUCAGCUCAGACAGCCAAUCAGAUUCCUUCAAUGCCUUUCAAUACUCCACCUGCAAAUUUGACAAUUUUACAUUCAGUUCAGAGUCAUGUGGAGGAGGAGUUGGUACUGGAGGUGGAGGUGGAGGAGGUGGUCGAGGCAGUUCACUGGACCAAGACAGCUUGGGAGGAGGUAUGGCCUGUGAAGAGCACGAAGUGGCCAGUUUGACAACACUUCACAUCGACUCUGAGACCAGCAGCCUGAGCCAUACUGUCACUGUUACUGGUUCUGAGAGUGCGUCUCCCAUGCACUCCCUUGGAGGCUCUCGAUCCCAGACCCCAUCCCCUGCCACACUGACGGCUGAGCACACUGACCACACACACUCUCAUUCACACUCCCACACACACUUACAGCUGGACCAGAAACUCCACAACUCAGUCCUGCAGACCCCUGAUGACCUCGAAACCAGUGAGUUCCCGAGCGAGGACUGCAGUGUGAUGGCAGGCGGUUCUCUAACAGGAUGGCAUGCUGAUGUUGCCACGGUAAUGUGGAGACGGAUGCUGGGUAUCCUGGGAGAUGUCAACAGCAUCAAAGACCCAGAGAUUCAUGCUCAGGUCUUUGACUACCUGUGUGAACUGUGGCAAAACCUGGCCAAGAUCAGAGAUAACUUGGGCAUUUCUCUGGACAACCAGUCGUCUCCACCACCCCCUGUGCUGAUCCCACCCCUCAGAAUCCUCACCCCCUGGCUUUUCAAGGCAACCAUGCUGACAGAGCGUUACAAACAGGGAAAGCUUCAUGCCUACAAGCUCAUCUGCAGGAUCAUGAAGAGGCGGCAAGAUGUUUCUCCAAACACUGAUUUUGUCACGCACUUUUACAACAUCAUGCAUCAGGGGCUGCUGCACCAAGACCAGGAUAUUGUGAAUACCAUCAUAAAGCACUGCAGUCCAAGGUUCUUCAGUAUCGGCCUACCUGGAGCCACCAUGUUGAUCCUGGACUUCAUCAUUGCAGCUUCUAGAGUCACUGCCUGCUCAUCGCUCAAUGCCCCCAGAGUUGAAGCCCAGAUCCUUCUCGGCUCUCUGGUGUGUUUUCCCAACCUUUACGGGGAGCUUCCAGCCCUCCAUCCAACUACAGCAGAUGUAGUACUUACCAAGUUCCCAGAUGUAAAAGAGCACAUUAUCAAAACCAUCCUGACAUCUGCCAGAGACGAGCCUUCAGCUCCUGCCAGGUGUGUGGCCCUGUGCAGUCUGGGCAUCUGGCUGUGUGAAGAAUUGGCUCAUGGGACACAACAUCCACAAAUUAAAGAUGCACUCAAUGUCAUCUGUGUUACUUUGAAGUAUCCCAACAAGAACGUAGCACUGGUAGCGUCAGACAUCCUUCACCUUCUGAUCAGCUACGUGGAUCACCUUCAGAAAUUCCCCCCUGACACUCCAAAGAAGAUCAUAGAGAUUUUGAUUGCCACCAUCACAUAUUUACUUCCUUCCACUGAGUCGUCUCCUCAUGAACUUGAUAAGAGGUUGGUGGUGUCUCUCCUGUUGUGUCUGUUGGACUGGGCCAUGGCUUUGCCGCCAAAGACUCUCCUCCAACCUGUUCAAACACGAAGCCCUCCAGAGAGAGACCAACCAACCAAGACCCUUCUAAGCUGUAUUUAUAAGGUAUUGCAUGGCUGUGUGUACGGAGCACAGUCUUUCAACAGUCCAAAGUAUUACCCACUGCAACUCUCAGACCUGCUGAAUCCAGACUAUGACCCCUUCUUACCAUUGGAGAGCCUCAGAGAACCAGAACCUCUGCAUAGCCCGGACUCUGAACGCUCCAGCAAACUGCAGCCUGUCACUGAAGUUCGUAGCCGUAUUCAGCAGGGUCUGGUUUCCAUUGCUGCCAGAACAGUUAUCACACACCUGGUCAACCAUCUGGGACAUUAUCCAAUGUCCGGAGGGCCCGCUACUCUGUCUAGUCAGGUGUGUGAAAAUCAGGACAACCCGUACUCUGAGAGUGCAGAUCUGGGGCCAGAACUCUUCCACUCACCAAACCUGCAGUUUCUGGUUCUAAAUGGCUCUACACUGCUCUCUGUACUUCAGAUCCGGUCAGAGUCUGGUGUACCAGGAGGCGGAAUGACAGCCGGUCUGUCUUCUGCUCCCGCCUGCGUUCGUGUCAUCAUCCGAGAUGUAGCCGGAAAGCACUCCUGGGACUCUGCAGUCCUUUACGGACCCCCACCUUGUUCCCCAAACAGUCCUGCUCAUACACUUUUGACUCACACACAGUCUUCUCACAUUGGGAACCUUCACUUACACACCCCGCCAGGCGGUCCGCCAAAAAGGAUGGACGUAAAGAGAGAAGACAGUGUCGAAGAAGGUCAAGAUGAGAGAGAGGAAGAGGAGGGAGGAAUGGGAAUGGAGGGGGAAGAGUUUCAGGGGGAGGAGGAGGGAGAAAAGAGGAAAGUCAGUGAAGAGGAGAAAGGAGAGCAAAGAGUAGUUGAAGGAGAAAAUGGGCUGCAGGAGGAGGAGAAGGAGCACAGACUGGAUGAGGAGGUGGAUAGAGGAGAGCCAGGCUUAGAACAGAUGCUAGCUCCACCAUUGGCUAAACGCAUGUGUCGGGAGGCGGUGCCUGCGUGGGAUUCACUGAGGGAAGGAGACGACGCACUGGAUGAGAUGCUUCAGUACCUGGGAUACUCCAGUCCUGAGUGUCUACAGAGAGCAGGCAUGCCACUGAACAUCCCCGCCCCUCCCCCAGCUUGCGUUUCAGAAAAGCAGGAGAACGACGUGAUCAAUGCCAUUCUGAAGCAGAGUGCUGCUGAGAGAGAGUUUGUCCUUCAUAGAGGUGAGGAGUUGAACAUGAGAGCUGUGCAGCAGACUGAACCUGAGACUGAGACGUCGCAGUCAGCCUUCUACUACUGCAGACUACUGAUUAAUAUACUGGGACUCAACUCCUGGGAGAAGAGGAGUAACUUUCAUUUGCUGAGAAAGAAUGAGAAGUUACUGAGAGAGCUGAAAAACCUGGAUUCACGGCAGUGCCGUGAGACGCAUAAAAUAGCAGUAUUUUAUGUGGCUGAAGGCCAAGAGGACAAACACUCAAUAUUAACCAACACAGCGGGCAGCCAGGCUUAUGAAGACUUUGUCUCUGGACUAGGCUGGGAGGUGGAUCUCACCACUCACUGUGGCUUCAUGGGAGGUCUGCAGCGGAAUCGCAGCACAGGCCAAACCACGCCUUACUACGCCACAUCCACUACCGAGGUCAUCUACCACGUCUCCACUCGCAUGCCCCACGAUCAGGACCACAAUCUCACCAAGAAGCUCAGACACCUGGGUAACGACGAGGUUCACAUCGUUUGGUCAGAACAUUCCAGAGACUACCGUCGGGGGAUCAUCCCCACUGAGUUUGGAGAUGUCCUAAUCAUCAUCUACCCCAUGAAGAACCAUAUGUACUCUAUCCAUAUACUGAAAAAACCAGAGGUGCCGUUCUUUGGUCCACUUUUUGACGGUGCUAUAGUGGACAUGAAGAUUUUACCCACUAUGGUCAGAGCUACAGCCAUCAACGCCAGCCGAGCCCUUAAAUCCCUCAUUCCUCUAUAUCAAAACUUUUAUGAGGAACGAGCCCGUUACCUUGAAACCAUCGUGCAGCACCACCAGGAGCCAACCACGUUUGAGGAUUACGCAGCUCGCGUCUACAGUCCUGCUCCCUGCACUCACCUUCCCUCUGACUCAGGCUCCUGCCUCGAGAUUCUUCGGGGAGAAAGUCCGGCUCUUGGGGAGGCCGGGAGCGACUCGGCGUCCCCCAUGUCUCCUCGGACUAGCAAGAGCCGCAUGUCCAUGAAGCUGCGUCGCUCCUCUGGGUCAGCCAAUAAGACUUGAGCUCUGUCGAUCACAGAGACCCCAACGAAAGUAAACGCUUCAUAUCACAACAGGCAAACAAAAGGUGGUUUCUCCUCUGACAUCAGCCAAUCAGACAUGAAUUACCCCAGUUAUAGCCGUACAUUAGAGUAUGAGAAAUUAAACUUUGCACAAAUUAAAACUUCCAUCAAUGUUAAUUAUCAUCAGGUGAUGAGGAGAUGAAUGUUGCAUCACAGAUGUCGUUUUCCUGUUAAGUCUGUUGGUUAAUCAGCCAAUAAUGCUUCUAUUGCAGUCAUGCUCUUCUCAGAUGAUGUACAGAACACUUUGUUGUGCUGCUGUUUUCUUUAAAACAUCUAUUCAACCGUUCUAUUCUGUGAACAAUAAUAUACUGUAAUUUUAUUGGAACCUUCACACAUCUGCUGCAUUAAUCCUCAGCUUUGCUCACAGAAAUACAGUUAAAUCCGUGCUGCAGCUUGUUGAUCCACACCAUGUUCAGCCUGAUCAGCGCAGUAUUAGAUCACGUUCACGCCCGUGCCAUGUUAGAAACCUGUACAAACUCCAGUGUAAGAUUUCGUGCCACGUUCUGCUUUGAAUUCCUCUGCCUACAGUCAUUACAGCACAUUCAGUCAGACCAGACAAGAGACACAAACUCUCUGUGCGUUGUGUCGUCGCCUUGAGCAAUCUGUAUAUUUGUACUAUAGUCACAAAGCUGAGUUUUGAUAUUAAAAGAAAGGAGAAUGUUGUGAGAGUGAAGGCACCUGACAAGUGCUGCACGGAGAAAGCAAUAUAAAAGUCUAUUUUUGUUCUCGACGUACAGAUAAGGGCAGUGGUCUGACUCCAAUCAGUUCUCAAAUGUACAUAGAAAUGUAUUGGUUUGCUAACAAUAAGACAAGCAGCCACUGUAGAUGUGUCCUCAAACCAAAAAUGUUUCCUGUUUGCAAUCAGAAGGAAAUCCCCCGCCUGAACCUGAACCUGAAGCUGAUGUGAGAUCAGUGUUAAAGUGAGGAAGGAGGGGAAAGCGCUUUUUAGGAAAUAAACCAGACAAACUGAUCCGAGCAAGCACUUGUUACAUAAAGUUUAGAUAUGACUCUUUUUUUUUUUUUUUUUUUUUUUUUUUUGCCAAUGCUGUAAAAUGUGGAGAAGCACUGAUGUCACUGCAUUUAUUUUUUCUUUUAUUUUUAAUGGACUGUAAAAUGUGUUUUGACCCAAAUGAAAAUGUUGCUGUCAUUUUAGUUCAGUGUCUCGCUGUCAUCUGACGCAAUGGAACCACACCUUUUCUUUGUUCCCAUGAGUAUAUAUAUAUAUAUAUAUAUAUAUAUAUAUUCUGUACAUCUAUAUAUGUAUGAGUAUAAAUAUAUAUAUAAAGUAGAUAUAUGAAUAUCUAUAAGAAUGUGUACAGUGUGAGACGGCUUGUUGUGUAUAUACUGUCUUAUGAGCAUAGCUGCCAAAACCAAACUGUGGUUUUAACCUCAGACCACAUCUGCUAAAAAUGGACUGACACUACACGACUUUUUGCUUCAACGGUUCCUCAUUGAUAACCAGUUUGCACUUCAUUAUUUAGGAAUCGAAAGCUCAAGCUAUUUUAUCUCACAUGCUCUUCUAUUCAGUCAAUAUUUGCUUUCUUGGUAACACCAACUGAUUCUCCAAAUUCAAAUCCAAGGAGGAAUUAGGAUUUAGGAUCGUCCGUGACAUCCACAGUGUUUGCAAAAUGACACUUCAUUUUUGCUCAAUGUGUGGAUUAUUGCAAAAGCAAACGUUGGCUGGUGUUGGUGCACUUAGAAUGACUCAGCAGCACUAAAACGUGAGGUUGUCAGGACAUCCACCUUUACAAAUUGAAGGAGGAAAAAUGAUCUGCGUUAAAGUGACGUUAGUAAAACCAAGGAGGAGAGAGAUGGCCUCACAUUAUACAUAGAUAUUUUAAUAUAAUAUGGUUUCUUUUCUUUUCUUUUUUAAACCUGUUCUUAUAUUUAGACUCAUCCCCAGUUCCUUUUUAUUUAAGGAGGGGAGCCGUGUGUAAUCACAAAACACAACGUCACGCUACUGUUGAGGAUUUUCAUGUGUUUCAUAUUUUCGUUCUGACACUCCAUCAUUCGGACUCAACUCACAGAAAAACAAAAUGUUUGCAUGAUUUCUUACAAACUGGCCUCAGAACAAAACCAUUAAGUUUGUCGUGUGGAUGUGCUGUGGAUUUCCAUUGAAUUUGUUCUACAUUAACACCUCAUUUUUUCACAUUUCUACACAAACCGAUCACUCCUAAAGAAAACAUGCCUCCAGUAUCAAAUAGACAUGUCUUUACAUAUCACUUCACUGUGUCACACAGCUGAAUUUUUUUUUGUAAAUGUUAAAUUUUGGCUGUUUUUCAGCCAUGUAUUCUCUACAAAGAGGAAAGGGAUUUUUUUUUUCUUCUUAUUUGACCCCUCUGUUGGGUACAUUUUUAGAGACUUAAGAUGAGGGCUAUUUUCUGUGUUUUUUGACAGUGAAAUCGGCUGAUAUUUACGUCGUCCCUUUAAAUUAUUGUCCUUUCAUCAUAUUAAUGACCAAGUGAGGGAACUCUGAGGUUGAAGCACCGUUGAUUCGUUGGUCAAGACAUGUGGUCUAGUAGCCCCAGUGCACCCUGGGACUGAUCUGUACAUGCUGUAUAUAGACUACAGUCACCAUCCGCGUCCCAUAGUGUCUGCCGAAACGUUAUUCACUCUGACACGUCCCAAACUCCAAAAACAAAAAAACAGCCGUGACAUAUUGACACUCCUUUAAGCUAAACUGCUCCUCUGCUUAAAUAUCUACAAGGAAUGAUGGGUAAUUUUCUACUUCAAUGAGUUUUUUUCAGUUAAAUGUAUCUGCUUCUUAUAAGUCGCCUGGAUAGGAUGUGUUUCCCAGUGAAUGCAUGUCCAUUUAAGAAAAACGAGCUGCAACAAAAUGUAUAUUAAUCAGGAUAUUAAGGAAUUUAUUAAAAGGAAAACAAAAACAAUCAUGGUUGCUUGGGUGAAAGUAUUUGGUAAUGCUUUAGAUUACAGCCUGCAAACUACAAUGCAGUUAAGACCGAAUUUACAGCAUGUGCAGGUAGAAAAGAGUAAAACGUAAAGUUUAGAGAAUAUGGUGGAAGCUACUGUAUGGUGCCUCUGAAAUUUUUCACAAUAAAACAUUAUUUCCAACAUCCAUCACCCUCUACAUAUUAAUACUUUGCAGUAAUUAAGUAGAGUUUUCAGGUUUUUGUACUUUACUUUUUAUUUUUCUAGCAACUUUUUACCUUUGCUCCCUAAAAGUCAUAUCAGUAUCUUGUUUCCACCCCUUACAUUUGUCUUUUUUUUUGUUUAUAUUUAAUGCAUUUGAGGAGAUUUUGGAAUGUUGAAAGAGUGAAGACAUUGAAAAGUGAUUGGCACAUCAGUUAAAUUUCAUUUUAUUUGAAGUUACAAUAUUAUGAACCAUUAAUUUGAGGUUCAGUCAGUUUUACACAGAAACAGCAGGUAGAAAUGUCGUCAAAGUGCUCCUUUUUUGCUUUUGUUAUGCAAGUACAUUUCAGUUUUCACUUUUAAUACACAAGUUUAUGUUCUGUGUUGCCUAAACUGCAUUUUUCACUCUUUUACUUACACAUUACACACUGUACAGAUACACCACUGGCACAAAAAACUGUGUAAAUUCAGUCCUGAUUCUGAUUUAACUUGUGAGCUGUAAUCUGAAAUAUUGCCAGAUAGACUCUUCCUUCUUUAUUCUACUUGAGCAGCCACAAAUCAGACAGUAGAAACUGGAUUAACAUAAAAAUGGUGAACCUCUGUACUUUCAGCGGAUAGACGCAGGUUCAGUUUGUAUUAUUCUGAUUUGAGUUUGGGACGAUGCCGACGUAUGUAACUACUGACUAUAAAUACUGCAUGACACCAGUUCAGUACUAACUGCAUGUGUUGACCUUGUAACAGCUGCACCACAACACGCAUGCACACACACUCCACAAGCUAUGUUACUGUCAAAGCUGUAGUAUGUAAACAUGUAAAGUCUGGGUCAGAGACACAGUGUGGAUGUGCAAUGACGGAAUUUGACAAUAAAUGAUUCAUACCACUGA